AUGAGCAACCCUGGUGCCAUUCUCGCAGGCAGACUCGAUAGCAACCAGGGUAGUGCUAUUUUUUGGACUGCCACUACGAUUGCUGUGAUGGUCUCAUUGGUCCAAGGUGCAAUCACAACACUCACAGACAUCUGCGAGGGUGAAGGGUUAUGGACAAUCCGAUUUAAUUUAGGACGGUUCGAGCAUUUAUGGUGGACCGCAAUUGCUAUGGCACUUGUUGCAUCGUUGGGAUCCAUGAUCACAUCAUUUCUUGCCGGAAAUAACAAUGAUUCCCUCGGCAUCUUACUACUCGCAACAGCAUCAUCGCUCACCGUUUUCCGCUACGCUUGGCCUGCCUGGCGCAAUCGGCAUUAUUGCAGGAACCGAUGGUUUGCGUGGACAGGCCCAAGUCGUACCGGAAUUGAUCCAGUUUUAGUACCCCUCAUAGAGGGCACUAAUCACUGGCAAAGUCUUGCAGAGAGUGCGCCGAUUCGGAACUUACAGAGAGCACCGCAGGGAUCGCUUCUUAAAUCUACGACUUCCCCUUCCGAAAAGCAGCCAAUCCCCGUAUCUACACUCGCGUCUGUAACACCGUCCUCACUGAUUAAUGGUGUUGGCCUUUAUGCUCCUGUAGUCCCCAGCCAAGCCGCAUCCCUUUUGUGGGGGUCUCAUCUGGGGUUCGCACCUCGUGUCAGUCGAGGUAUCUUGGGCGUACCACAAAGACUCUUGACAUCACAUCCCCUGACCGAGUCCGGUCACAAUGGCCAGGCUAUGUGUCUUGCCCACGGUAUCCUUGGUCGUAACAAGGGACUAGAACCCAUGCGCUUUAUCCUUCGUUUGGAUAUCGGAAAACUUGAAGAAAAAAGUGUUCAGUGGCCUCGCCCUUCAAAAGUCUUGCGAAGUUAUUACAAGAAGGAGAUGGAUGCUGCAUAUGGCGGCCUUGGUAUCAACUAUGUCAACGCCGCCACCGAGUUGGCACUUCUAUUGGCGGACUCAAGUCAGGGUCUUAUUGAGGAUUGGCUUUUGGCACGUAUGGAGCAUCAGGAUUAUGAGCUGAACCGCGAAGCGUGUCGUCUAGGUGCGCCCGACGAUGAUCUUCGAUUACUAUACCUUCUAUCAUACGGAGCCAUGCUGGUCAGUCUGAGUGCUCACAACAUAGGUCAUCGCUUUCGUCCAGAGAUUACACUGUUCGUAACAUACUGGCAGACUCACAAAGCAGAUCCCCUUCCGCAAUGGGUAAUGUCCGAGGCCAUGCAGAGCAGAAUUCAUCAAGAACAUGCUGGCCUCGACGUCGGCACUGAUCUUGAUGGACUGGUUCUGGCUGUCAUCCCUCCCAUCUCUUGA